CAGCACUGUCAGAGGCUUUUCAAGCUGCACAGCAGUUGGGAGCGCGAGCUCCAUUUCAGUCUUCAAGUGCAAAGGCUUUGUUAACACCCAAGCUCCAUCAUGCUCAAAGUGCAGGUUUUUACUUUCUGCCUAGCUGUCUCCCUCGUCACUUUAGUCCAUGCAAUUCCCCUGGAGUCUAAAGAUGCUUGGAAGUCUUUGGAAAACCCAAGAAACAGAGAGCUGUUUUUCCGAACGCUGCAAGCUUAUUUUUCUGGGAGAGGAGUUGAUGUCGGGAAGAUCUCUAAAUCUUUCAGAAUGGACAACAGGAAACCAUUCAUAGCAGCCGCUCUUUACCCGGACCACAUUGCCUCUGCCUUUUCAGACUAUGAAGGCCAGAAGGAUUCUUUUGCAGCGUUCUUGAAAGGAUGACUAUAAUGACAUCAAAAUCAUCUCAUUAUAUCAGCAGCUGAGAAUUAAUCAUGAUUGCAGUUUAGUCAAAGCCUCCUUCACGUGACCCUUCAAUCUUCUGUUUGAGUUGUCUUUUCCUUUUGUGUGAAUUGCUUUCUUGAAAUGAUCUUACUGCUUUAUGAAGUAUUUGAUCGUCCUUAUCUACCAAGUAUUUCAUUAGAUGUUAUGUUGCUUUGAUUCAUGCCUUUUUUUUCCUUCAUACGCCCACAUGAUGCAAAGUUUGCAUCCUCUCAUUGUGACAUUUUAAUGCAGCUGUAAAUAAAUGUUAAGCAAAGGCA